GGCUCUUCUGCUGCUCGUCGCGGAGGGGCCCGGCACCGUAUUACGAUGGGCACGACCGGGCGGAGGCCAUCCACUGCUCCCGCAAGUGCCUGUCCGCGCUGCCCUGGCGGAUCGUCUGCGUCCGCUUCUCGGGGAGGUCCUCGCUGCGGGCGCACCACGACAUCUGCUACGGCUCCGACUGCGACGCGGUGCGCUACAUCUGCGACGUCGUGAUGCGUCAGUCCUUGAGCGGUCGGCCAGAACCCGCGUGCGCGGCCUUGCGAGCUGGGAUCUCUUCCUCCUCCUCCUCCUCCUCCUCCUGCUCUUCGAUUUUCGAUUGCUUUCCUCCUACCUACUCCUUCCUCCUCUGCUUCGCUCUGUUCACCGCGGAUCCUAUCGCUGGCAUCGGGGGGCCUUGAGGACGAGCGCAUGACGGGCGGGCACAGGCCAGCCUAUCGUUGGCACAGGACGGGCGGAGGAGAGGAGGUGAGAGGGCCGUUGGUCGUUGACUGCUGUCCAGGUUUUCAAUCGUGUCUGGAACGUCUUCAUGUGAGCAAUGGGGUUCGAAGGCUUUCGGAGGCUGUGGGAGGUUCUCGGAGGUCUUCGAAAAGGCUCUCAGAAGUUAUCGGAUUCGAGCCUUCCGACCUCGUGCUUGCCCGACGGGGUUGACACGAAUCUGCACAAUGAUUCCGCACCUCGCAGAACUGGAAUCUGCCGUAAUGUCAGCAGCCUUCGCCGGUGCACAUGGGAAC